AUGAUGCUGCAACGAGCUCUUCAUAGCACUCGGAACUGUCGCAAUGUCAUUUUCCAGAUCUAUAAUAAUGUGACACAUGUGGCUAUGAUUAAUUGCAGCGUACUGCAUUUAGUCCAAACCCGAGGGAAGCUUACAGUUCCAAUUGCUAAUCGUCGUCGCCGUCUUAAGUCGAAAAUAUCAAAGGACAAGUUUGCAGCACUAUCAUUGGAGUUUUUGGACCGUGUGCAGAAUGCAAUGGAGCCGCUGUACCCGCCAAUUAAUGACGAGUUCCAGCUAAAGCGUGAUGAUGGUGAGAUUUAUAUACGGACAAAUGCCAGAGAAUUCGUAGUCAAAGUACUGCAUUCCAAGCAACAGAUCGAAUUUUCUUCCCCAGUAUCUGGGCUGCGCUCGUAUCAAUGGAAUGUUCUCACUAAGCGGUGGGAAGAUGAGGCGGACUCUCACGAUAUUGAAGGACUAUUGACUCGUGACUUGAUGCGCUUCUGUGUGGGAAUCCCACGCUUUUAG